GGCGCCGUGAUGGAAGCGGGGAAGAUGGCGUCGCCCAAGAGCGCCCCGAAGGAUGCGCAGGUGAUGGCCCAGAUCCUAAAAGAUACGGGAAUUACCGAGUAUGAACCGCGGGUUAUAAACCAGAUGUUGGAAUUCGCAUACAGAUACGUGACGACGAUCCUGGAAGACGCGAAAAUGUAUUCCAGCCACGCCAAAAAGUCGAGCGUCGAUGCGGACGACGUGAGGUUGGCCAUCCAGUGCCGGACAGACCAGUCGUUCACUUCCCCACCGCCCAGAGAUUUUUUGCUGGAUAUUGCAAGGCAGAAAAACCAGACCCCGCUGCCUUUGAUUAAACCCUACUCGGGACCAAGAUUGCCUCCAGACCGAUACUGCCUGACAGCUCCAAACUACAGACUGAAGUCUCUGCAGAAAAAGAUCUCAUCGUCCGCUGGGAGGAUCACCGUGCCCCGGUUAAGCGUUGGCGCCGUCACCAGCCGGCCUAGCACACCCACCUUAGGACCCCCUUCGGCGCAGGCGGUCUCCGUUUCGGCCAAAGUCGGGACCCCCGUCUCGCUAACCGGACAGAGGUUUACCGUCCAGAUCCCCACCUCGCAAACAUCUGUAAAGUCAGUCGCCCCCACCACCCCCACCGUGCAGAACGUCCUGAUCAACCCCUCGCUGAUCGGCUCCAAGAACAUCCUCAUCACCACCAACAUGGUCUCCGCCCAGGGCGCCAUGGGCGAGGCACCCAACCUCUUGAAGCGGAAACAUGAGGAAGAGGAGGAUUAUGACGUCUUAUGAGCUCCCGUGGGGCUCGACUUUCCCCCCACCUCAGCACCCCCCACCACGCUCCUUCCAAAAUCUUGCGCCAAACCAGGUGCAUUUUCAACCGGGGCACCACCCGAGACUUAAAAAGGUCCACCUUUUUGGCGUUUCCCCCAAAAUUACGCUGGAGGGACCCUGAGCUGUUUGCAGGCAGGAGAGGUGUGUGUGU